AUGUCUUUGACUCAGUACGCCACCUUCAGCUCCGACGGCGAGACCGUCAGGCUGUUGCCCUCGGCCUACCUCAAGGCCAAGGCCACUUCAGACCACACGGUACGGGUCCUCAGGAGCAAGAAAGUCCGCGACCACCUCGAAGCGGCCGUGGUGUACCCGGACGGCACGCAAAGCGACGUCUUCUUCCUGACCGACGUGCUUGUCGACUUCGUCCCCGGCGACUCGGAAACGGCGGCCUGGACGCGCGGGGACCUGCCGUUCAUUUGCGAUCAGGAUCCUUGCUGCGACGGCCUGUGCGUCGGCGCCUCGGAUUAUACGGUCGCGCUCGAGGACGGCAGCAUCAGCGCAAGGCCGGACCUCGAACGUGUCGUCCAGACACUUCGACAUGCGGUGCUCUGCGACGUCGGUCUGCGCGUCGGCGUGGAGCUUGACCAUGUCGAUGGAGCCGUCAAGCACAUGGUCGUCGAGAUGGUCAGCGUGCAUCUGCGCGAUCUGGCCGGUACCUCGGCGCCCCGCACCGUCAAGCGUGCCGAGGCUCCGGCUCCGAGCAAGGUGGUCAGCAACAGACUGCUGGCUGCGCUCCAGCAGCACGGUCUGACUCCGGACGAGGCGCGCGAGAAGGUCGACAUGGACAGGGCAUGA